AUGAAACGUCUGGAAUUUGAACUUCGUUCGCUUUUUGCAAUUAGUGUGCCAAACCUAAAUAUUUUUCUUAUUUCUUCCCUGAUAGUUCUUAUAAUCUCUUUCUCUUAUACUUUCAUUCUCUUACACUUUCAUUCUCUUAUACUUUCAUUCUCUUACACUUUCAUUCUCUUAUACUUUCAUUCUCUUACACUUUUAUUCUCUUAUACUUUCAUUCUCUUAUGCUUUCAUUCACGUAUGCUCUCAUCCUCUUAUGCUCUCUUUCUCUUAUUCUAUCAUUCUCCUAUACUCUCUUCCCUUAUACUCUCAUUCUCUUAUAAUCUCUUUCUCUUAUACUUUCAUUCUCUUAUACUUUCAUUCUCUUAUACUCUCAUUCACGUAUGCUCUCAUUCUCUUAGGCUCUCUUUCUAUUAUUCUCUCAUUCUGCUAUACUCUCUUCCCCGAUAUUCUCAUUCUCUUAUAAGCUCUUUCUCUUACACUUUCAUUCUCUUAUACUCUCAUUCACGUAUGCUUUCAUCCUCUUAUACUCUCUUUCUCUCAUUUUUUCAUUCUCCUAUACUCUCUUUCCCAUAUACUCUCAUUGUCUUAUACUCUCUGUCUCUUAUAUUCUCAUUAUUUUAUACUCUCUCUUAUGCUAUCCUUCUCUUUUACUCUCCUCAUCUUACACUUCUUUUCUUAUACUCUCAUUAUCUUCUCGUUCUCUUAUACACUCUUUCUUUUUAUACUCUCUUUUUCUUAUACUCUCCUUUUAUAAUUUCCUUCUCUUAUACUUUCAUUCUCCUAUCCUUUUUCUCUCCUACUCACCGUCUUUUAUACUCUCAUUCUUUUAUUCUGUCUUUCUCUGAUACACUCAUUCUCUUAUUCUCACUUUCUCUUAAUCUCUCUAAUGCUAUCCCAACUUCUUCGUUUUUUCUCUGCUAUCACCCUAACUCUUCCUUCCUCCCCUCUAUUGCCAACAUUCAUUUCCUCUCCUAA